CCAGAGCGAGAGGCCCCCGGGCGGCAAGCGAGGCCCCUGCCCACCGCUGGAGGGUCGCAAAGCUACGGGUGUGCCAGGAGUGAGCCUGGCAGCCGAGGUGAGGAGACUGAUGCCCAGAGAGGUCAUAUCACAUCACUUCCCAAAACCACACAGGGCACCAUGGUAGGAGGCUUGAAGAGGAAACACUCCGACUUGGAGGAAGAAGAGGAGGAGAAGUGGGACUGGGGUCCAGCAGGCCUUCGAAGCUACCAGCAAGCCCUGCUCCGAAUUUCCCUGGACAAAGUUCAGCGAAGCCUCGGCCCCCGAGCACCGAGCCUCCGAAGGCAUGUCCUCAUCCAUAACACCCUCCAGCAGCUUCAGGCCGCGCUUUGUCUGGCUCCAGCACCUGCCUUGCCCCCUGAGCCCCUUUUCCUGGGUGAGGAGGACUUCUCCUUGUCAACCACCAUUGGCUCUAUUCUCAGGGAGCUAGAGACUUCCAUGGACGAGACCGAGACCCCUCAGAAUCCAGUGGCUCCCCCUGGUCCCCAGAAUGAAGAGCUGCCCCAGCCUGAUCCAGUCUUCUUAGAAGCUCUGAGCUCUCGGUACCUGGGGGACUCAGGUCUGGAUGACUUUUUUCUGGACAUUGACACAUCCACUGUGGAGAAGGAGCCUGCACUGGCCCCACCGGAGCCUCCUCACAACUUCUUCUGUACCCCAGGGUCCUGGGAGUGGAAUGAACUAGAUCACAUCAUGGAAAUCAUUCUGGGAUCCUAAAACUUGGAUGAUUGAAGGGUGCUCCCUCCACAUCUCAGCCUCAGUGGGCUGGAUCCCUGAGUGUGUGUGUGUGUGUGUUGGUGGAGGCUGUGGCUGGCCUCCUAUCCUCCCAUAUCAGGGUUCCAUAAACUGUAUUGCGCGCGUGCGUGCGUGUGUGUCUGGUUACCGAAGCCUUCUGUGAAGGUGGGUCUUCCUGAAUUAAUUUAUCUGUUCCAAAUGCCUUAACAAGACUCUGUUUCUAGGAGUCUGAUUUCCCGCUGCCACAUUUCUUCUGCCUUCUCCUCCAGCUCUUACUCCUUUUGUGACCCCUGGGCCUCAGGGAAGAUAAGCUGGGCCUGUCAAAGAGUGACUGAGACGCUGCCUCUUGUACCUG